UCAUCCAACAUGGCGGCCCAGCGUAGGAAUUUGAUGCAGAGCCAUCAGAGCUGGACAGAUGACCUGCCGCUGUGUCAGAUGUGUGGCGUUGGAACAGCGACCAACUGUGUGUAUGGCCCUGAUGGUAAAGGAACGCUGAGUCACCCGAAUGAGGAUGGACACCUCAGGUUCAGAGGUGAGGAUGGCUGUUUCCUCUAUGGGGUUUUUAACGGCUACGAUGGCAGCAGAGUGGCUAGUUUUGCCUCCCAGUGUCUGACAGCUGAACUGCUGCUGGGGCAGCUCAACUCCAGUCACACAGACAACGACGUCCGCAGGAUCCUCACGCAGGCCUUCGAUGUGGUGGAGAAGAGCUACUUUGAGACGAUAGAUGAUGCUCUGGCUGAGAAAGCUCACCUGUCAAACUACCUCCUACCACACAAUGAGAAUGUGUCAUUCCACCAGCUUUCUCCUCAGAGUCAAAAGGUGCAGGAGCGUCUGAAGGAGCUGGAGCAGGAGGUGUCAGGAGGAGCUACAGCCGUGGUGGCACUGAUUCUCAACAACAAGCUCUUUAUCGCCAAUGUUGGGACCAACCGGGCACUGCUAUGCAAGUCCAGCAGCGACGGCCAGAACCAGGUUCUACAGAUCGGCCGACCACACAGCACUGACAAUGACGAAGAGCUGCAGAGGCUGGCUGCACUGGGUGUGGAUUCGGCUCGUGUGAGGCAGGCGGGGCAGAUUGCUGGUCAGAGCUGCACCAGGAGGCUCGGAGACUACCGGGUUAAGUUCAACUACAAUGAAAUCGACCUUCUCAGUGCGGCCAAGACGAGGCCAAUCAUUUCAGAGCCAGAGAUUCAUGGCAGCCAGUCUUUGGACAGUGUGACAGGCUUCUUGUUGCUGAUGUCAGAAGGUCUCAUCAAUGCCCUUGAGUCCGCCCACGGCCCUGAACAAGCCAAUCAGGAAAUCGUUGCCAUGGUAGCAGCAGAGCUGGCCCAGCAGACCAGUCUGGAGGCAGUGGCUCAGUCAGUGGUGGAGCGCGUCAAACGGCUGCACCACGACGUCUACGUGUCAGGCCGUCAGAGGGCAACCUACUGUUCUCGGCACGAGGACAUGACCCUGCUCAUCCGCACACUCAACUACCCGCUGGCUGACGGAGUGCUCACGCCCACACAGGGUGGACGUAUCUACCCAGUGUCAGUGCCCUACUCCAACAGCCAGAGCACCAGUAAAACCAGCGUCACCCUGUCACUGGUCAUGCCCUCCCAAAAUACUCUCACAAACGGCACCAACACGGCCUCCACCCUGGAGGAAGGGACCCCCACACCAGGCAGUCAGAGCCCCACAGCCACCCUCCAGUCCACCAACACCCAGACGCAGAGCUCCAGCUCCAGCUCGGGAGACGGCAGCUUGUUCCGCCAGAGAGGCAGCCAAGCGGCGCAGCCCGACGAGACGGGCAGGGUCCCGCCUUACGUGGACUUCAGUCAGUUUUACCGCCUGUGGGGAAGUGACCACAGCGACAGCCAGAGCGCCCAGGGAGGACUGGGACCCCAGUGAGGAGGACAAGGAGGUUGCCGGGUCCCAGUUGGAAAGGGACGGACUACAUUUUCUGACAGCGAGGAGGUACAUGGAUUGUGAAGGGACAAAGAUUUUAAAAUGGUGGUUUGGAUGACCGAUGAAAUGCUUUUAAUGUAUCAUAACUAAAAAUAAGUGACCUAAAGGUCCAUGGGGACAUAUGGAGGAAGGACCAGAGUUUUCAACGUCUUGGUGGGUGGAGCCAGAGUCACCCUGAGAAACUGGCGUCACUCCACACCACAAAAUGUUUGCGAUUCUGUUGUAGAUCUGGUCAGGACUGAUUGUGAAUAUGUGUAAUCCAGAUUGUAGCCAAUAAUGUCACAUGUGAAAAUAUGUAUCUGCAGACAUGUCAAUGACGAGAAUGAUUACAUACUGUAAGGCCUUAACAUGGACUGAGUGGAUGUGUUUGAAAGUACUUUUUAAUUUGUAAUGAAAGUAUAUAUCCAAAUGACUCAAUAGGCUCUCUGGGCUUCUCUUUGUAUAAACACUUAAAACACUUGA